GGGCGCAUGCUCGGCCCCCAUGAGGGCGGGGGCCGGCGCCUAGCGGGGAGCGAGCCGCCGCCGCUGCCCGCCGUCACCACCGCCGCCCGCGGAGCAGCGGUCGCCUCGCAUCGCCCUCGCUUUCUCCCUCCCCUCUUCCUCUCUCCUCGCGGUCUUUCCCCGCCAUGAAGCUGAGCAGCCGCGGCAGGGGAUGCUGCGUGGCCGGCAGCCGGGAACGCGGGCCGCCGCCGAGGAGCCCCUUCGUACACCAGCUGCGCUUCAGCCCCAUGGAGAAAACCAAGAUUGCCUUCAUGACCUUGACUCUAUUUCCUAUCAGACUCUUCUUUGCUGCUUUUAUGAUGUUGCUGGCCUGGCCUUUUGCAUUCAUUGCUUCAAUGGGAUGCGAUGAGCAAGAGCUUGAAAAGCCCCUCUCCUGGUGGAGAAAGAUAGUGGAUGUUUUGCUGAAAGCUAUCAUGAGAUUGAUGUGGCUUGCUGGUGGAUUCCACUGGAUAAAUGUAAAGGGCAGACGAGCGUUGCCAGCAGAAGCAGCAAUAUUAACUGUGGCUCCCCAUUCUUCUUACUUUGAUGCCAUUCCAGUAACUAUGACCUUCGCCUCCAUUGUGAUGAAAGCAGAAAGCAAAGAUAUUCCUGUUUGGGGAACUCUUAUCAAAUAUAUCCGACCAGUAUUUGUAUCUCGGUCAGACCAGGAUUCUCGCAGGAAAACUGUUGAAGAGAUAAAGAGACGUGCUCAGUCUGGUAAAUGGCCUCAGAUACUGAUUUUCCCAGAAGGCACCUGCACAAACCGAUCCUGUCUGAUCACAUUCAAGCCUGGAGCAUUUAUUCCUGGAGUUCCUGUGCAGCCAGUGGUUUUACGUUACCCAAACAAACUGGACACAAUCACAUGGACGUGGCAAGGUCCAGGAGCGCUAGAAAUUCUGUGGCUUACUUUGUGUCAGUUUCACAAUUCUGUGGAAAUUGAGUUUCUUCCUGUGUAUAUUCCUUCAGAAGAAGAAAGAAAAAAUCCAGUGUUAUAUGCCAAUAACGUCAGACGUGUAAUGGCAGAAGCGUUGGGAGUUCCAGUGACAGACUAUACAUUUGAAGACUGUCAGCUAGCUUUGGCUGAAGGACAACUUCGUCUGCCUUCAGACACAUGUCUUCUAGAAUUUGCAAAGCUUGUGAGAAGCCUUGGGCUGAAACCAGAAACACUUGAGGAUGAUCUUGAUAAAUAUGCUACACGUGCUAUGAAAAUGAAAAAAGAGAAGGCUGAUCUUAAAGAAUUUUCAGCAUAUUUGGAAUUUCCAGUUUCUCACACAUUAGAAAGUAUGUUUGCCCUUUUUGAUGAGAAUGAAGAUGGCAUAAUUGAUGUUCGAGAAUUUGUCAUUGCUCUGUCAGUUGUCUGUAAGCCAUCCAAAACUCUGGAAACAAUCCAACUGGCAUUUCAGCUAUACCAGUCAGAAAAUGGGACUAUAACAGAAGAAGAUUUAGGUCAUAUCCUGAAGACUGCCAUGGGUGUGUCACAGAUUGACGUUACGCAUCUUUUUAGAGCUGUAGAUGAAGAAGAAAAAGGGAAGAUUACAUAUGAUGACUUCUACAGAUUUGCUGAAUUGCAGCCACACUUUGCAGAAGACUAUCUCUAUCCUGAUCAGAUGGUAGCUGAGAGUGGAUUGAAAACUUCCUCUCUUUCUGCUCCAAAUGGUAUCUGUACUGACUUCAGCCCAGAAAAUGCUGAAGAUAAAAACAAGCCCCUGCAGAAGAAAUGGAACUAACACUACAACUGUUAUCUUCCUCUCCUGGUGAGAGGAUUAUCUUUUCUUGGAAUUUUCAUAAGUCACUCCAAUUAUAUAGCAAAUACCAAUUUUGUGUGUGGAAGUUCUUCUACCUUAAUACCGUUCUUUGAUUCAUAUGCGCUAUAUUUAACAAUAUGUUCCAGGUUACUGGGGGAGGUAUUUUUAUUUUUAAUUUGUUUUUCCAAAAGGACUUUGAGAGGCAAAAAUGUGAAUGUGCUUCAUUAUUAAUGUUCAUAUUUAAAAGGAAGCAGCACUCUUAUUUAUAUUCCACUGGCUAGUUUCAUGUACAAAGUGUCGCACAAAUUGUGCAUGUAUAAAGAAACUGUAGUUACUAUGGUGUAAAGUGCACUUUGGUGAUUAGUGUUUUCCCUAGUUAUGGGGAUGUUUAUUUGGGGCCAAAUUUUGCUGUUCAUAUUUGCAUAGUCAGUCUAGUUUUCAGUGGGAUUAUGCCAUUGAGCAAGGCAAGCGCUUUUUGGCCCCUUAUCUUUUAGUUCCAGUGAACAGUUCCAAAACAGUCAUGCAAAAACUUGAUGAGGAUCACUUCUGUGUUUUGGUUUUUUUUUAUUGUUGGAUGACAAAAUUGCUUCUCUUUCAGUCUAUUCCAUGGUAGAAUGAAAAGGAAAGGCUCCUUGUCCUCUGCCCCAGCACUUUUCUACUGUAAUCUUCUUCCAGAUGCAAUUAAACAUUUUUUUCCCCCAAACUGACAUGCCACAUGCUGUAUGCAAAGAGCUGACAAAACUGUGCUUUUCUCUUAUAAUCAACUCAUAUCCACACAAUAUUUAUAUGGCAGAUGUUUACACAAUCAUAUUUAUCAGGAAUCAGGGUUUCUUUUGUGGCAAGUCUGUACAUACAGAUGACUUAUCGUGAAAGAUACUAGAAAAACUUAAGUAUAUGAACACAAAUAUGAAAAGGUUGCAGUUACUUCAGAAGCCAGUAACAAGGUGUGUUACAAUAUUUAGUACUAAUGUUUCCUAUAUUUCCUUUUGUAAAUCUAGAUGCCUUAAUUGUCAAUGGAGAUCUCAGAGAAAUUAAAAUUAGUGUGAAACCACAUAUCUCCACUGAUGAGGAAAUGAGCCAAAGGCCUCAAAGAGUAGGAAGGAGAACCGUGUCAUAAAAGAUCUGUGAUGGCAGCUCUCCUUCCAAAUAAAAACUACAUCUAUUUUCAAAUCAUUUUUGUGACUAAUUCUGCAGGCUGCACUAAAAUAUGAGGAUUUCAUAACUGGAAAACUGUCACUGAGACUCGAUUACCACAUGUUAAUACAAAAUUAGAUUUGAAGGGUGGAAUCUCAGCAGAAGGAUGUCUGUUCAUACCAAAUGCUUUUAUUAUUGUUGUUUUUAAAUAAGGAGUUUUUUGUUGCUUUUUUUUGUUGUUGUUUCUUUUUAAAGCCCAUUUUAGGGUAUUGGAAUGUGUCCUUAGAAAUCCUUAACUGUCUGUGGGAAGUCUCCAAAUUGAAAUUGGCAUUAAUAGAAUACAUAUAGGAAAUCAAACUGUAAGAAAUAAUGCUUUUUUGUGGGGUAUGCAGACGUACAUCUUCAUUUUGAGAUAGUAAUAUUUUUUUUUAUUUACCUAGAUAAUGCAUGCCAGGCUGGCAGGGGUGCCACAGGUUGGCAGGCAAGAUUUAAGCUGAAACUGAUCAUGAGAAGUUAUGGGCACAACUUGAAAUUAAGACACAAGGAACUACACUUAAAUGGGACUUGUCAGGUACACAGAGGGAGCUGGGGAUAACUGUAUAAAAGUCCUUGAGACAGGUAUUGAGCAUUACUAACUGAACACAGUUAACUGUUUGCUGAAGAAAAAUGUUUGUCAUCAUGAGAUGCAUAAACACUUGCAGCCUGUGAGAAGGGUGGUGGUCUUUGUGUUACCAAGAAUUGGUAAGGCCUUACAUCUGUCUGUUUUGGGGCACUUGAGAAAGAUGAGGAGUGGCUGGAUGGAGGCUGAAGGAAAGAAAAUUUUCAGUGGAUCUUUCAAUAUCUUUAUUUAAUUUAGGGAGGGAGACUGGAGGAAGAUGUGAAACCAAUCUUCAAAUAUGGAAAAAGCUGCAAAAAGGAAGAUCAGAAUAAUCUUUACUCUGCCUCCAUAGUAGAAAUGGGGGUAUUCAUAUCAAAGAUAGGAUGAACGUUCCAAUACUUCUAGUUAAGAUAUGGAGUGGGUCUUCUAGGUUGGAUGAGGAGCCUUCCUUCACUGGAGGUUUUGAAAACAGAACAGAAAGCAAAGACACUGUUGAUUUUUGUUGAUUAUAACCCCAUGGUUGUAGGGAUAGAUCUCCUGAGGACUAUUUUGUGUGAUUAUAUAUUGCGUAUUUCAGUCAAUAUUUAAGGCCAAGUAGAUGAGCUGUAGAGUCUGAGCAUAUCACAUCCCCUCUGCAAGACAUUCAACUGUGCUUGGCUCAGGCUGUCAGUCUCUAAGAUAGUUAUCUUCUGUUUUGAUAUGUGAGCUUGGGAACUGGAGAAUUUCAAAGUGCAGGGGAUGAGACAGGGUUCCCUGACAUGCUUUACUGAAAAGAAGAAAAGCUCAGUAUCCCAUAGACAACCUUAGGGAAGUUCCAGGAAAAAUAAUAAAAUUGUUCUACGUCUGUGGAAAAAAAACAGAGCAAGCUGGCUGAAGCUGUCUAAAUAUGAGCAUGUCUACUUUCUAUGUAUGGUGCUUGGGGUUCUAAAAAGGCAAAGAGUUAAUUUUGUCUCUCCUCUCUAGUGAGGGAGACAUCUCCCAGUUGUGGUGAACGUAAUAACUGCAGACGAGUGCAGCUAAGCUGUUGCAGUGUUUGGGUUUAAAGGGUGCUGCAGCCUGUGAUAGAUGGCCCUUCAAUACAACAUUGGAUGGUGAAGAUGCAUUGAGAACUGUGUGCAUUAUUGAGCUCUAACCAGAGCUGUUGAAAAAAGCUGGUGAGCAGUAUCUUGCUUGGUGAGCAAGCAGCCAGCGUCUAUAAUGAAUUGCAUUUGUUCCUGCUUUUGUGAGAUUGAUCUACGUAGAGAAAUAAGAUGAAUGAGACAUGAAGUCCUGAUCAGUCUGUUAAACUUCAGAUAAUAUUAAAAACAGAGUAUCCAGGGGAUUUCAGCAUCUGGAGUAUUCAAGAUUAUGAUAUUAGACUGCCUUGUAGUGACAGAAAAUCCACAUUAGCGUAGGGGAUAAACUCAGACUUUGUGGGUUGAGACCUGCUGUGUGUUGUAUUUCUGCAACACAGUUCACUACAAUUUGUCCAUCAAUCUCACCAAUUACAUGUUUUAGUAGUUCCACACAAAAGGUAACCAGCCGUGGAGCAGUUGGGUUGUGACACUCUCAGUAGCUUGUGCUGAACUGCAAGGGUAGAAGUGAAAGCUUCCUUUCCCGUUCACCAGAUGAUAACAAGUAAGUGCUUCCAACUGAAGUGUUACGGAUUUUUACAAACGUUAAACAGCGGCAUCUUUCACAACGAUUUGAUUAGUGAUCCUUCACAAAAAACAAUGCAGAGGUGUGUGAAGACAUGGCACUUGUCUGAUGUGCGUUUUGCUGCUUUUGUGAAAUAUUGCCAUCCCUUGCUAGCAGAGCUUUUGCAUCAGACUGAAUUUCUAUGUACUGUAUAAGAGAUUCUCAGUCAAGGCUUUGUUAUUUUGAUGUGGUUGAGCAAGUGUGCUAUGUGCUUUGAGUGUACUUAGCACAGAAAACAAUGGAAUCUGAGAUACCUAAGAAGUGUUUUGGUUUUUGUUGCUUCAUUUGUUGUUUCAAUUAUAAUUUAAAAAGGAAAAAAAAAACCAAACCCAAAACACAACUAUGAAUAGCAACAGAAAUUUAGGAGGUACAAAGCAUAUUUAAACCACUGUCUCCACCACAGAAAGGCAGAGUUCUAUUACGGAUUUAUCAUGAGCGCAGUGCAGUAAGUAGUUACAUUUAAUAGGUAUUAUAGGCAAAUUGUGAUCCUAAAGGAGAAAUCAGUUGUAGACCUAAUUUUACACCUAUUAAUUUACACUACAUAUUUCAAUGUGUAUCUCAAUGAAGCUGGAAUCCUCUUAAAAAGUAACCAGACCCCUGUGUGUUUGCUAAUCCCGAUCUGAAGGUCAUGAAGCUUAAUUGAAAAGGAGAUGUGUGCAUUAAGGAAGUGAUGCAAUCUCUUUAGAGGGAAAGCCACAGGAAGUAAAUAGUUGUUUUGCACAUAGCUGUUUAUUAAUAUUUAAAAGCAAACUGCAUAGACCUGUUAGCUAGUUAAAGCAUUGGGAUGCUAGCAAAAUGUUUUUAUUCAUAAUAUGUAGUAAAGCCUUUCUGAAAAAGGGAUUGUUGCACUUUAACACUUACAUAAUUCGAUACAUUUUUUUCUGAAGAUAUCUUUAUUGCAUUUCUGCAUUCCUUUAUCAGGCUGUGCUUUUCUCUCUGAACAAAUCCCUGCAGAUGAUCUUUUUACUUUUCAGGUAUCUGAACUUCAGGUAACACGGCUGGUUCUCAGUUGUAAAAUAAAAAUAGGAAAAGUAGGUCCAACAGCUUGAAAAUGAUCAUAAGAAUGAAUAAUCCUCACCUUUGUUCAGUCUGACAAGUGAAACCUCAAGGUCUGGCUCAUAGAUGAGCAGAAGACUAAAACAGUCAUUUGGGUAAUUUUGCUUUCCAGAACAUGUUCAAACAGCUAGCAAUUAAGUCAGCCAUUCUUCAGUCAAAGCAUGAUGUCCUGAAGGUACUGCAGCCUCUUCUAAGUAAUGUCCAAGUCACCGGCUGCGCAGCCAGCAAUAUUUAAGUGAUUCUCCCUCUUUUUCUUACGAAGAUCAGAAAAAAAGUGCUCUGUGAUGGGAACCUUGGAAGGCAUCCUUAAAAGUAAAAUCCUGCAGAACCUCCUCAAAGCAACGAGAUCUGCCAUACUGUGCUAUAUCUAAGGCAGUGAACUGGGUAUACAAGUUAGUCACUAAUGCUCUGAUCCAAAUGGGCAUAAAUGACUUAAUGCUCAGGUGUAACUGCAGAGAAUAAGGCAGCAAAGAGAACAUGCCUGAAUUUGCAUCUGUAUUUCAUCUCAUACUGGUCAAGUCAAGGCAGCUCCUUUCUCUAGGAAACCACUCAGGUUUAUUUCAAGACAUUAAUUAUUAUGUUUAUGAGUGGAGGAGUGUGUUGUUUUGUAGAAGAUAGCUUAUUUUUCCCCCAGAUGUUAUGAUGUGCUUCAUCAUAAGUAACGGGACUAAAUUAAAGUGGGUGAUAUGGGAGAAAGCAGGUUUAAAAGACUUUUUAAAUGGAGGGUUCACCAUUUCUUUGAAAGACAGUGAGACCUUUUGCAACAGCUGACUGUCUAGAUUGCCUUGCAGGCUUUUUAGGCAAAAUAAUUUUGUUAUUUACAUAAUGGUAGGGGCUGCUCAUUCUGUGUUCCCUUGCAAGGUGGCACAGUGUAGUUUUCCUGUGAGAGCUAAUCUCUGUAACUGGUGAAGAGAUCUCGAAAAUGGUAGAAUCGCUUCAGCACAGAUAGCGUGAAAGUUAUUCCUUUCAAUUAAUUUGGGGGUAGGGAGGGUGUUGGUUCUAUUCAUUUGGAGAGGAUGAGUGCGUUUUGUUUUGUCUUUUUUUAACAAUAUAUUUGUUAUGUUUCUUGAUUCUGAGCAGAUGUUUGCACAGUGCUGUAUGAACAAGCCAGCUCACUUGAGGUUAGCUUGGAGAUAGUGAGAAGGAUGUUGUACAGUAUUCUGUGGAUGUAACGUUAAGCUUCAUUUUUUUCAUUCCAACUAAAAAAAGAAGCAAGAGAAGUCAUAAUUCAUAAUAAGUCAUAAUGACAUCUGUAAUACUCUCUUCUGACAUUAUGAGUAGGUGUUACUUGAGAGUGCCGUUCCAGAGCCAAAGAAUGCAUUCUAGGAAAAUCAGGCUGAACUUCUGCUCCUGAACCAGAAUGCAGUAAAGUCAUUAAGGCUGGCAUAGCAGGAAAACUCUCACUGUACAGCUGGCCUUUCCCACAGUAAAGAAAGAUAUUUUCCAUCUUUAGGACUGGUGAAUUUAUGUCCUUAUAUCUCUAGCUGUCUUGUUCUUUGAAGGUUGGCUGCAGUCUGAGGGAGACCUCACUGCUCUUAAUCUUCAAAGUCAUUCACAGACUGGUUUUACUGGCCAGGAAGGAGCAGGUGAACACUGAAGUUGUAUUCUUAUAACACUACCCAAAUUGAAGACCCCCUGUACUGCUUUAGCUUGUGUCUGCCUUUUCUCACGCUUAAACCACUGCAAGUGUAUCUAGGUCACAAGUUUGUGUUCGAGAUGCUUAACUGUUUAUAUGCACUUAGAAAUUAGAUACAGAAGUACAAUACAGUGACAUCUGCAUUUGGGUUGACUUCUGACUUUGUCGCUCUUAGUGUGUGCCUGUUUAAUUCCAUGUUUAGAAUGCAGUAUGUGUCAGUAAACCAGUUCUCCUCAUGGAUACUGAAGAAAGCUGAAACUCAGACACUUUUCAUCCUACCAUGGUACUGGAGAUGAAAUUCAUCCGAUACUUUAUUUCUAUGAAUGUGUAUGGGGAAAACCCAAAUACAUGUCUUUUAUUUGCUACCCAGCAUGAAGACAAUUUUGUAGUUUAAAUGCUAAAGAAAUAAACUUGUAAAAUCUUGUAUGCCCUAAGUAUAUAUUUUUUGUCCUAUGUUUUCUUUUAUAGCAAAGUUUAAGCAAAAUAUUUCUUACAUUUCUGAAAGGAAAUUUAGUUUAGCCACUAUUGUACUUUCCAGGCUACAAAAGCAGUUUUUAAGUAAACAUCUACAAGUGAAAUUGUAUUUUUAAGAAGGUGGGUAAAGAUCCCUUAAAAUAAACAUCUCUCCUUAGCAAUUGUAUAUACUUAGACAAAAAGCAAAUCAAUUGCAGCUGCUUGUCUAUAUGGUUUGUGUUAGUGAUUUGUUUAUAUUGUUUUCUGUAAUUGCGCUACGGGUAUUAAGAGCUCUGUGUAAACCACUAAUGUUAGAAAUAGGAGUCUGAAGUAAACCUCUUUAGAAGCGAUAGAUUUUGCAUACUGGAGGACGACCAAGACUAAGCAUCUGCUGACUUUUUUAUUCUGUGCUAUAUAACUUCAAUGUCCCGGCAUUGUGUUGAAAAUAUCUGGCAUCUGUUCAAUGGGACCACUUCCUAAGCCUCUUUGUAAUUCCCAACAUCUAUACAGGUGUACAAAAUGUUUCUAAUUUGAUCACAGGUGCGAGUUCAUCCUUUAUUUUUUGUUAUUAUUAUUACUAUUUUUAAAGGAAUAGAAUACAGUAGCAGCAAGCUGAGAAGUAACGCAGUAAAAAGUGAAGAUCUCUUGAAUUAUUGCUAGACUUGCAUUGAGGACGUUGCUUAUACGUUUUUCCAAGUAUUGCUAUGUUUCUGAACUCACUUGAGGAUUUAAAUGCAAAAGUUAAAACAAAUAAUUUACUGCAAAAAUGAUCACAUUUUCUCUUCUCGUUACUGAACUCAAUUUAGACACUGCCAUGAAGAGGAUGCUUUUAGUUGAAAACUUGUGCUGAUAGGGCAGGAAGUUUGGUUUUGCAGGGACUCGUUUGCACGGUAGAAGGUGCUUGUUCCAUCAGUGGUACAACUUCUGCUGACUUUAAGGCUGCUUAAGCAGACUUGCUCUGUUUCAAUGUGCAUAUUGGCUGCAAGCUUUUUCUUAUAGCCCUUGGAUACGCAGUGUAAAUCUGUAACAAUAUAAAGUGCUACUCGAUAACAAUAAUAACCCGAUUGCAUUUUUGUGCUGUAUAUUUCCCUCCUAUGGCUCCGAAGGUGUGUGUAUAUAGACUGUCUUUGCACUGAACUGACUAUACUUCGUAGCUGAGAAGCAAAAGCAAGUUGUGUACUUAAAGAUGAUUGUAGUUUGUGGGGUCCAGAAAUGCAAACGCUUUUUGCAGGAUGUGAAGUAUAGCUUCAGUGCAACAAAUUUGAUUUUUAUAUUUUUUAUUAAUAUGCAUGGAAGACUAGGGAUGAUAUUUUCUAAAAAAAAAUGAACUUGGUUUUGUACAUUUUUCAAUGUUUAAAACGAUAUGGUUUAACAUUACCUCUGAAAUACCGCUAUCAGUAAAUUCUUAAAGGAAAAUACCUCAACUUGAGCAUUCUUUUUUUCUUGCUAGUUGUCUGGUAGGUUGAAACGGACUAUGGUGUGUGAUGAACUAACUGAGCGAAACAGCAAUGACGUAGAAGCUUCACCUGUGCUGUAAGUCGUGUGAUUUACUGGAAGGGAACCAAAUGAUACACUCCAAGUGUUGAUGUGCAGUGUACAAUCAUGGCUCGUUCUGCCCGACUGGAUGUUUUCCUUAUUAGUGGCUUGUAAAUUUGAAUUUUCAUUGUGAAGCCAAAUUAAAAAUGAAGGAGAAAAC